ACAUGGCGGAACAGGAAAUGGUUUUCUUCGAUCAAAGCAAAUGACGUUGCUGCAACCUGGAACUUGAUGUCUGAUGGCUCGACAACAAUCCUAACCAGGAGCAAAGUUUAACUUCCAAGGAGAGUGAAGAAACUUUACAUGAGCGUAUUAGAAGCAAACAAGUAAGUUUUAUUCGUUAACGUUUAAUGACAUAUAUGGAGCCGCGAAACGACUUCCCGCGGAGGGCCGGCGGCGGCAGCGGGAGCUCCGCGAACUCUUCGCCCGCUCCGGGAGCGCAGUCGCGCCGCAGGAAGAUGCCGCCCAGGCCAGCUGACUUUAAGCUUCAAAUCAUCAUCAUCGGCUCUCGCGGUGUGGGUAAAACCAGCUUAAUGGAGCGGUACACCGACGACACCUUUUGUGAGGCCUGCAAGUCCACAGUAGGCGUUGACUUCAAAAUCAAGACAGUGGAGCUGAGAGGGAAGAAGAUCCGUCUACAGAUAUGGGAUACGGCUGGCCAGGAGCGCUUCAACAGCAUCACAUCGGCCUACUAUCGAGGGGCGAAGGGAAUCGUGCUGGUGUACGACAUCACCAAGCAGGAGACCUUUGACGAUCUUCCCAAGUGGAUGAAGAUGAUUGACAAGUAUGCAUCUGAGGAGGCAGAGCUCCUCCUAGUGGGGAACAAGCUGGACUGUGAGAGCGAUCGCGUCAUCUCAAGACAGCUCGGAGAAAAGUUUGCCUCUCGAAUAAGUGGCAUGCGUUUCUGCGAGGCGAGCGCCAAGGAUAACUGUAACGUGGAUGAGAUCUUCCUCAAGCUGGUGGAUGACAUCCUCAGCAAGAUGCCGCUGGAGGUUCCCAACAAGGAGCUUUCCGGCAGCGUCCUUUCUCUUCAACCCGAACCAGAAGUGCCUCCAGUGUUGCCCCCUCCUCGCAUGCGCUGCUGCUGAGACGACCCCCCGCCCCCACGUCUUCCCAAUCUCCACACAAACCAACAUCAUCACGUAUGUGCAGUGUACCAAACUGACCACUAGGCGUCAGCAAUGGUUUAGAAGUUGUGCUUCUGCAACAUUCAUAAGUAACACUUAUGUAGUUUGUGAUGACCCUUCCUGCCAACCUUCAUCCAGACUACCUCACUUCCCAGCUUGCUGAGCGCCAACAUGUGCCUUCGAGGUAGUGAGCCCUACACUUUUUCGGCUCUGUCUCUUUUACGAAUGUCCCCGGCCUUCCUAUUCUUACUUCAGCGUACACGCACGACAACACUCGUCCCAGCCCCCUGGUUUUGUAUGCCACCAAUUCAUAAUGUAGACAUGAGACGUGGACUUUUAAAGCACAUUUUUAUUUGUUAUUAAUGUAAAUACGAGGCAGGGUGUGUUCCUGCACUACGAGGUGGCCUUUAAGUAUUAGGUGUGUGUGCAAUGGCGUUAAACACUAUGAUUGGAAUGAAGCUGACACAUAAGCAGCAGCAGGAAGUUCAUGGUAAGGCAACCAAGUAUUAUUGGACUGUUUGUCUUCUGAGUAUAUGCAUGACUGUUUUGCAGAGAGUGUUUGAAUGACUCAGGUGACUUGCUUCAUUAUUUCAUGGAGCUGCUUCUUCUUCUUCUGCUGCUGUUGUGAGGGAAGUCUACUGAUUCUUUGUCUUUUGUACAAUUUGGACCAGUAGGACGACCCAUUCUUUGUGCAUGAAAAAAAAGGUCUAUGCACCCCUACAAAUGUUUAACGGUCGUAUAAUGUUCUGUUGUUUUUAGCCAUGUAGCAUGAUGCUUGGAUGCGGCCUGCUUUUAUGUUUUUAUUUGUUGUAAAGAUCACACAUUUUGGAAAUGUUUUCCUACCAAAUUACCAUUGUGAGCUAAUGUAUCUCACGACAAAGUUAUCUCUGGUUAUUUUUAGAAUGUUUUUGCCACUAACUCCCAUGUUAACAUAGCAGCACCUAAUACCACUUCUUGAAAAACAUUUUUUAAAACCGUGUAUCAGAAAACGUUGUAUUUUUGCUAUUCGAAGUGUCUACAAGAGCUCUAAAGAGGUUUGGGUUUGUUAUGAUUGGACUUUGUGUGCUAUUUAUAACUUGUGGCAUUGUGGAACUAAUGAAAUUAAAGAUAUCUAUAUUUAUUACCAACUUUUAUUCGGGUCUGUGUUGUUUUUGUUGCUUCUGAAAAGGGAAGUUUCUAUUUCCUAGCUUACUAUUUGGUUUGGAGAGGUCAAUCUUGAU